AUGUCCUCGUUAAUCGAUAGCGGUGCACACUUUAAAAGGCGUGCGGAUGAGGUCGGCCUCAGCAGUGCGGGAUGGACCAUCCUGCAGGCACUUGGCAUCACCUCACCGGUCACGGAGCCCAUAUUCCGAGAUUGGGUUGCCGAUAAUGCUGCUGGCAUGACUUUGGGUGAUCAAUCGUGCGUCAAGCGGCUGGUGUUUGAGUCUCAAACUCUAGUCGUGGCCGAGUUGCGCGACCAAGUGUCAGGGUCACAAUCAUCUGCUCCCCGUCGUGUUCCUGAGGCUGAACGCGACAGAAGAUUGAAUGAUCUUCGUGCCGCCCUCCCGGGCAUCACGCUGGAGGGUCAGGAGCGAGACAACUUCCUUAAGUACAUCCCGCCUGAGAAAGCCACCAGCCGCACUCACGAACUUACCAAUCCGAAGCCGACCCAUCAGGCCCUGCAAGUCGAAGCCUCCAAAAUAGUUCUCAAGAGCGACGACGAUGCCGCAUUCAGACGUCGAGGUUUGGCCUUGGUGUUUGCGCAAAUGAUUUCCUAUGAUGCUUACGACCGGUAUUUGAAUCGACUCUUCAACCAUUUGUCCCGUGACCCACCGCCAGGGCUCAAUCGUGUGAAUGUGACACAAUUGGUCCUCAGGUGUGGCGGCAUUCGCCUUCAGAUCGACAAGAUCCUUGGGCAUCGCGGGAGAACCUUUGGCACCUUUGCCUCGGCCCUUGCCUUUGGGCUGCUUCGUGGGGGGAUCCUGCGUGGAAGGCCGAGAGGGAUGGCGCUUCCGGUUGUUCCUAAAGGGGUUCUUGCCUUGGGGAGCUUGGUGCAUGAGUGCAAUGGAGACCUUUUAGUAGGAUUCCAAACCGCGGUGCAUCUCUUUGUCAAGGGGAUACUCACCGGAAGCAUCCUUCCUUGGCUUGACGCCCCAUUCGGCCAAGAGGGCAAACACCUGCUUGUCAGCAUUUGCCAGGUGCUUCCAGCCGCACUCAAUCCGCAAGGAGCUGGCGAUGAGGUUUGUCCCGACCCCGGGCACCCAGACGCCAAGGGACAUGUUUUGCAACUGCAUGAGCCAAUUCAGUUUGACGCGCAUCAACUGCAUGCUACGUGCCUUUGGACUGGCAAUCGUGCUGUGCUAGCAGCAUUCGUGAUCAAUGAUUUUCACAAGUUGGAUGCUCAGCAUCGCCAGCUUUUGCAACAGACUGCCUUCCGUCUGCCGAGCCUGUCAACCGGAAAGCUCCUUCCUUCACGCCCCAGCAUUGCCUCGCGGUUUCCAGUGAUCCUUGAGAUUUUCGCAGGUACUGCGCGUGUAACAGCAGCCUUGCGCCGCUGUGGUUUCGUCGGCUCCCAAGGUGUUGAUCACGUGGUCGUGGAUCAUGCUGCCUGCCUUGUCAUGUUGGCAGAUUUGACUACUCAUGAGGGCCAGAGUAUGGUAAUGCUGUGGCUGUCGAGUCCUCAUGUUGUGGGUGUUUUCAUCGCUCCACCAUGCGGUACCAGCUCCCGUGCCCGAGAAAUUGCACUCCCCGGACCUUCCCCCGCCCCUCGUUCGCUUGAUUUCCCUGACGGGCUAUUUCACUUGUUUGGUCUCAGUAUGGUUCGUGUCAACAAGGCCAAUCAGCUGUACCACUUUACGUCGACGAUCUGUGCCGAGGCCCACCGUCGGAGCCUCAUCAUUGCUGUGGAAAACCCGCGAAGCAGUCUUUAUUGGUCCACCAGCUUCUGGAAAACUGGCCCCGCUUUCUGUCCAAUGCAUACCGACUUCCAACACUGUGCCUUUGGCGGGCGUCGGCCCAACGCUUACCCGCCGCAGCUGGCCACAGCCAUCGCCCAAUGCUUUGCUCAGGCCGUUACCUUCUUGCCCGAGGCCGAGCCCUCCCUUGCGGCCAUGAGAGCCACUUCUGGCCUUCAACCAAAGGCCUCCGCCGUGCCACCUCUCGUGCCCGAGCACAAAGCCGUGCUUGUCAUGCGCGGGCCCAACGACCUCGCUGCCCUGCCUGCGCUCCGAAGCCGGCUGCCGGAGCCGUGGACUGACGCCCGCUUCGAGCCUGCUGCAACCGUUUCUGAGGAUGAGAAGAAGCUUAAGAGCUCCCUCCCAGAGUAUACCCGGAAAAUUGUCCUGCUAAAAAGGAUCUUAUUGUGGCGUGAAAUUCCAGAGGAUCUCAAGUAUCCGGAUAUUGGAGUGCUAGAUGAAAUGCUGGAAGGAGUGCACCUGACGGGUCAGACCCCUUGCACUGGAGUCUUUCCGGGAGCCUUUAAGCCAGCAAAACAGACUUCGGAACAGCUACGCUCCAAGGCCAGCGAGUCCCGCCAGAAGAUCCUUGAUGCGAUUAAAUCGCAGGGGCACCUGGAUGAGGCGCUGGAACAAAAGGUCGACGAAGAGGUGGAGCUUGGCUGGCUGUCCGAGCGAAUAGACCCUGCCGAUUUGCCGGAAGGCGCCACAAUCAGCAGGAGGUUUGCGAUCGAACAGUCGGGCAAGAUUCGCUUGAUAGAUGACCUUAGCGACAGUGGUGUCAAUGGUUCCGUCCAAACCACCGAGAGUCCCAAGCCUCAAUCCCUCGAUGUGGUCGCUGCUAUGGCCUUGGCGUGCCUCAGGAAGCUGCCCGGGAUCCCCAUGCUAGGGAAAACGUUCGACCUGAAGAGUGCAUACAGGCAAAUGUUUGUGUCGCCGGACGACCUCAAGGAGGCCUACAUUGCUUACCUCAGCCACCGUGAAGGUCGAGUGAUUGUAAGGCAAAUGCUUGCGCUCCCGUUCGGAGCGACCAGGGCGGUGUUCUCUUACUUGCGAGUGGCACAUUCUAUGUGGUACAUCGGGUGCUGGGCGGUGAAACUGAUAUGGUCGCACUUCUUUGACGACUUCUUAAGUCUGGCGACUCAGGUCGAAGCCAAAGCAGUCGACCUAGCAAUCUCUUCAUUGUUCAGGUUGCUGGGGUGGAAGGUCUCAGAGGACAAGGACAAACCCUUUGCCGAGAGCUUUGCUGCGCUUGGGGUACGGGUUAGUUUCGAAAGGUUCUUGCAAGGGGAGGUUCUCUUCCAUAACACGGAAAAGCGUAUCUUAGAGGUUUCAGCCACAGUGCGCCGUGCAGCUGACGAUCCAGCCCUCACCCAGAAGGACCUCUCACGCAUUCGGGGUCGCAUGGUCUUUGCAGGGGGCCAGCUCUUCGGAAGAGCCGGCCGGUUAUGCGUGGCCGCCCUGGCUGGUGAAAGCUGCUCGACCAAAGCAAACCUCAGCAACGAUGCAAAGCAAGCUAUGCGCCAGUUUGCCGACCUGCGUGAGGCCAACUGGCCGCGCGUGCUUAAAGAUGUGUCAGCAGAUCCGGUGUACAUCUUCACUGAUGCUUCGUAUUCCGAAACAAGUGGAGGUACUUUCUGCGGUAUACGUGGAGUCUGUUUCGACCACGAAAGCCGCCCCCUUGGAUUUUUCUCCAAGGAACUUUCUAGUUUUCAGAAACGUCUUCUAGGAGAGGGCAGGUCCAAGACCAUCAUCUUCGAGGCGGAACUUGCAACAAUCGUGGUCGCAUAUGUCCUAUGGAAAGAUUGGCUUAGGGGAAAACCCGCUGUGAUUUUUGUGGACAAUAACUCCGCUAGAGACGUGUCAAUCAGUGGCACCUCACGGAAUGAUGUGGGCAAGUCACUUGCAUCACUUCUUUUAACGGUGGAAUCCUUAGCCAAGACCUUUUCGUGGUUCGCGCGUGUUCCAUCGCCAUCGAACAUAGCAGACACGCCUUCACGUGAAGUGCUGAAAAGCUUUACAGUGUCAGGUUGCCCCGUCCCUCACUUCCCAUGCGAGAACAUUGUGUCAGAAGUUCUGGGCAUUUUGGUCAAGUAA